AUGCUGCCGCUCGCACACCCCGCCGGCCACCGCCAUCUCCACCUCCCUCCCGCAGCGCUGCAGCGCGCUCCGGCUCCGGGUCGAGCUUACCUUCCCAGUCGCCGCGGCGCCCGAACCCUCGCCGGAGCGCGCCCUCCCAGUCCCAGCGCGGGCGCGGCCGAAACUGAAACCACCUCGACGACUAGCGGCAGCGUGUUGUCGUUCCUGUGCCCGCUCCUCAAGCUCCUCGGGGGAGGAGAUCCUUCGCAGCAACGGAACGACGUUGUUGAGGUCACGACAUCUUCAAUUUCAAGUUUAGCUAGACUGCCAUGGGGAUCAAAAGUGGCUACUAGCAGCGGGGAGAACAUAGAUUUGGCAAUAGGCACUCCAACUCUUCAAUUGUAUGAGUUUGAGGCAUGUCCCUUCUGUAGGAGAGUUCGGGAGGCCAUGACUGAGCUUGAUCUUUCUGCAGAGGUUUAUCCUUGUCCAAAAGGGUCACUAAGGCACAGAGAUGUGGUCAAGAAAAUUGGAGGGAAGGAGCAGUUUCCACUGCUUGUUGACACUAGUACUGGUAUCUCAAUGUAUGAAAGUGGAGAUAUUGUGAAGUACCUGUUCAGGAAUUAUGGACAAGGAAAGAGCCCUUCUCCUGGACUUCUUGAGAGUACAAUUUUCACAGGAUGGGUGCCCACUCUUCUUAGAGCUGGAAGAGGAAUGACACUGUGGAACAAAGCUGGUGCUAUACCUGCAGAGAAGUUGGAGCUCUUCUCAUAUGAGAAUAAUUCUUAUGCCAGGAUAGUUCGAGAGGCUCUCUGUGAAUUAGAGCUUCCUUAUGUUCUCCAGAACGUUGGAGAGGGAUCAUCAAAGACGGAUUUGCUUCUAAGGAAGUCGGGCUCUAAGCAGGUGCCAUAUCUGAUUGACCCUAACACUGGAUUCCAGUCGAGCGACCAUAAGAAGAUACUAGCUUACUUAUUCCAGCAAAGCAUCUCCAUUCUUCACUCCUCUAGUCCUCUUCUCUCCUCCGCAUUGUUCUUGGAAUCGAAGGUUGGAAGAGCAAUGAGCAACGAAUUCGAUUACCUGUUCAAGCUUCUCUUGAUCGGCGAUUCCUCGGUGGGCAAGUCCUGCUUCCUCCUCCGUUUCGCUGACGACUCCUAUGUGGACAGCUACAUCAGCACGAUUGGUGUUGACUUUAAAAUCCGCACGAUCGAGAUGGAGGGCAAGACCAUAAAGCUGCAGAUUUGGGACACAGCAGGGCAGGAGCGGUUCAGGACCAUUACAAGCAGCUACUACCGAGGAGCUCACGGGAUAAUUAUCGUUUAUGACAUCACAGACAUGGAGAGUUUCAACAAUGUGAAGCAGUGGCUUAGUGAGAUUGACCGAUAUGCAAAUGACAGCGUAUGCAAGCUUCUUGUUGGCAACAAAUGUGAUCUGGCUGAGAGCAGGACUGUCAAGACUUCAGUAGCACAGGCUUAUGCUGAAGAGAUAGGCAUCCCGUUCCUCGAAACGAGUGCUAAAGACUCAAUCAAUGUCGAGGAGGCGUUCUUGGCAAUGUCUGCUGCAAUUAAGAAAAGUAAAGCAGGGAGUCAGGAGGCCCUGGAGAGGAAGCCCUCCAAUGUAAUUCAGAUGAAAGGGCAGCCAAUUCAACUAGAGCAGCAGAAGAGUAGAUGCUGUUCAGCAUGA